CCCUGUCGAGUCUCACUGCCACUCUCAAUACACCUUCCUAGGGGGCUCGAAGGCGGUGCAGUAGCAGCAGCAGCAACGACACGGCACCCUGCCACGAUGCGGCGGCAUGGAUCUUUGAGCCUGGCGGGGGCUCCAGUCUCCCCGGCAGCUCAGCUGGGCUUCAUGCUCAAUACGAACUCUCUGUACUCUUGCGUCAGCUACACAUGCCACAUGACCUCCCCGAGGCGUCUGACAGGAUCAGCAUCCGCUCGGUGGUGGAAGCUCCGGGGAUGUGCCGACGUGUAUGCAUGGCUGCACGUCGAUAGGGAGCUCUUUGAGCCCGUGAGGUCUGGCCGCCUCCGCGCCAUGGUCCGUCAUCUGCAACAGCACGUGCUCAUCAUGGACGAAGAUGCGGAGCGACUGCUUGCUACUCCGUCUAGUGUGGUCUGUCGUCACAAGUGGUGCCGCAACGCGCGUAAGAACACCAGUGUAGUCUUGGCCGGAACCCUCGGUUUGUUGCCUCCAGUCAUGAUUGCAACCAUGCCUGGGAUGCGUACGUUGUGCAGAUUGUGUCUGGGUCAGCCUGCAGGUCAACGUCGUUAUUCCGAAGGCAUCGUGUGCGGCUGCUCAAGAGUGUGCCUCGCGAAUGCGCAGCGUUGCUCCAGCCAUGGAGCGUCGCACGUCCCAUUUGGGCCGAAUGUCUGUCGUAGGUCGACAAGGGGUGGGAACAAGCACCAAUCAGCUCUCCUCGAUCGAGGUUCUUGGCCCUGCACAAGAUUGACUGUCGCUUCUGGAGUAGUGCUGACGAUGCCACAUUGUCCCCAUUGUCCUGCCGCCACCAGCCCCGACGCAGGUCAGUAUAGCCUGCGGAUACUGCCAUGUCAGACAAGGGCCUCCCUCUGAGUGGACGAGAUAUCCGCUGGAACAAGACACCUGGAAGUUCCCUGCAGCCUGCAGGAGCAGGGGGCCUUUCAAGGGCUGUGAGACUGCCCUAUGGUAGGGCUGAUGGUUGAUCCUGUGGUGACGAGGCUGUUUUUGUUGGUCCGACUCUGGCAGGCAAGGCAGCAACGUCUGCGCAGAUUGAGCCAGGCUCCAUCGCGGCUGCCCAGCGAUAUGCCGGCCGCUCGACCACGCCAGCGAGUGGGUUGACGUCGUCUUCAAGCAUUGGGACCCCCGUUGUGUCUUCAGAAGGUCGGGACAGGGUCCUGUGGCUGAGGAAUCCACGAGCGUGGCGCUGCUGUGCCUUUUUCGAGAAGAUACUAGUCAGCCGGAGGUGAAAAUAGGGUCUUGAAC